GGAGACGGAUGCUGUAUGUGGACUGGAGGCAACCACAAGAAAUACACGUGUGGGAGGAAGGCUGACGUUGGAGUUUUACUAUCUGCGCACCUUAUAGAGAGAGCUAUAGCAUCACUUCUGUAACUUUGUGUCACACAGAAAACCAAUAAAAACGUGCUGACACUCCUGGAAAAGCUGCUUUUUAAAUGAAUCGCUUUACAAAAUGUACUUCGCGCAUCUUCUUGCUGAUGCGUAAAGAUCUGUGCGUAAAAAAAAAACCCUUCGCUUCUUCUCAGACAGAAAAAGUCAUGGAGGAUUUAACUCGUAACUUUAUUCAACACUUUCACUUGUGAGAAACUGAUUGACACACGGACGAUUUGAUGGAAGUUUUGAUGACAGCAGCAGCAGGAACGCUCUCUCCGGAGUUUUAGUUUGGAUCGGCACCGCGACGUCUGAACGCACCGCGACGUACCGAUAUAAAAAGCCUUUACCUUCGUGGGACCGUGACAGUUUUGGAUGUCUCACUUGUCACGGCUAUCAUCCUUCUAUGUGUAACAAGAGGGGAAUAAAACCGAGCUGAAAUCCCCGUCAGGAGGAACUUUUUCCGAGAGCUUCCAGCAGCGAAAUCAGUGGAGUAUUCAUGAAGCAGUAUUUGACUUAUUACAAAAUGAGGCUGAGAACAUCGAGGUUAGGUUGUCUGUUACUCCAGUUCACGGCGCUUUGCUUUUACGCACAGAACUCUGUGCAGUCUCCUCCUAAUUUCAAGCACCAUGUCACCGAGCAGAGCCGUCUGUCGGACAGGACGAGCCGCAGGUUGACCCGCACCUACCAGCUGUACAGCCGCACCAGCGGGAAACACGUCCAGGUCCUGGCCAACAAGAGAGUCAACGCCAACGGAGACGACGGAGCCGUGCAUGCUAAGCUGGAGGUGGAGACGGACUCUUUUGGAAGUCGUGUUCGUAUUAAAGGGGCGAAGACAGGAUACUACAUAUGUAUGAACAAGAGAGGGAAGCUGAUUGGCAAGCGGAAAGGAAGAGGUAAAGACUGCAUCUUCACUGAGAUUGUUCUGGAAAACAACUACACGGCACUCCAGAACGCCAAGUACGAGGGCUGGUACAUGGCUUUCACACGUAAAGGCCGUCCAAGGAAGGCCUCCAAGACCAAGCAGCAUCAGAGAGAGGCCCACUUCAUGAAGCGUCUACCCAGGGGGCACUUGCUGAGUGAGAGAAGACCAUUUGAUGUUCUUCCUCUCCCUGUCCCCGUGCACCCUUUAAGCAAGCGGACUAAACAUUCCCAUCACCAGCGCUCAGGGGGCCGCUGAGUACUGAAACCACUGUGGGACAACUGUGGAUAAACCAUCACAGAAGAACCAGUGCAACAGAAAGCAAGAGCUCCGAGCAAAAUUAACUUUGACAGUCCAGUGCCCAUACAUUUUUGACUACGUCUGUGGACUUAUUAUGUAAUUGUAUGUAAACUUUGACUAUCUAAUCUGCUAGUUAUUUCCCAUUCAGACAGAAGAUUUUUUUUUUAUUAUUAUUAAAUCAGGGGACAGUUAAAGUUCUGAAGAGCUAAACAACAUUGACAUGAAUGAAAAUUUUUGGUUAGAAGUUAGCCAGCUCAGCAACAAAGAAUGUUUAAAGGAGAAGUGAGUACAAUGAAGCUAGACACGGCAGCUAUCUGUUGAUAAUCUUGCAGUUGCAGCAUCUGACUCUCAGUUGACAUGCGAUGUUGCCUUUAGGAGGCCAUUCUGCAGAAUUUUUAACCUGUUUUUCUACAUAUAUGGAUAUAUUUUUACUGUAAAAAUGUAAAUUACGUCAAAUGAUGGAAGUAUUUAUUUUAGAGUGUAUAUUAAAACCACUAAAGAAU